UAGCCCCGCCCCGCUCUCUGUUACCUUCCGGGCCCCUCCGGCCGCGCCUGCGCGCUGGGGGCGAUGGCGGCGUCAGGGCUGCGCGGUGUCCUCUGGUCCCGGGCGGCCGCCCGGCUGUGGGCGACGCGGGUGGCGGCGGCGCCCGCAGGGGCGCGGGCGGCCUCGGAGCUGCCCAAGGAGCUGCUGCCCGGGCCGUACCCCCGCACGCCGGAGGAGCGAGCCGCCGCCGCCAAGAAGUACAACAUGCGGGUGGAGGACUACGAGCCUUACCCCGACGACGGCUUUGGGUAUGGUGACUAUCCCAAGCUCCCUAAUAAGUCUCAUCAUGAGAGAGACCCCUGGUACCAGUGGGACCAGCCGGACAUGAGGCAUAACUGGGGGGAGACGAUGCACUGGGACUUUGACAUGUAUCUCCGGACCCGUGUUGAUACAUCCCCCACUGCAGUUCCCUGGCACACCAUGCGCAAACACUUCCUUGUCUUUUUAAGUACCAUGCUGAUCCUGUUUGGUCUUGGAGGGAUGUACCCAUCUUACAUGCCUGUGGGACCGAAGCAAUAUCCCUUCAAUGACCUGUAUCUGGAGAGAGGAGGAGACCCCAAUAAAGAGCCACCAGUGGUGACACACUAUGAAAUCUGAAACCUGCUGAAGUACUAUGUUGUGUCAGCUCUCCUGGGGUUGGCAUCUUCUCUAGUGCUCACUGUGGUGUAUGUUAGCACUUCUUCAGCCACUAACUGCAGUGAAAUAUAUUGAUGAUGCCUAC